CGGAUAUCAUAUCAUUCUUGUUGUUUAACAAACGUUUGACAAGGAUGACAUGACAUCCAAGGAGAACUCUGAUGAAAAUCAGAACGCACCUCAACAAACGCGACUCAUUAUGGCUGGCAAACCAAAUCUGGCAUUAUACUCUCAAAAUCAAUUAGACUAUAUGUGUGCUCUGGAUAUCAAUAGUCAAGUAUCUUUUGUCCGUUUAUCUGGUAUCAUUUGUACAAUCGGUCCUGUAUCCAGAUCUGUGGAGAUUUUAGAAAAAAUGAUUGAGACAGGAAUGAAUAUUGCUCGAUUGAACUUCUCUCAUGGGUCUCACGAAUAUCAUGCUGAGACUAUCGCUAAUGUUCGCCAGGCACAAAAGAAUUUAACCACCCGUGCCGGUAUCAAUAUUCCUGUUGCUAUUGCUCUUGACACAAAGGGUCCUGAAAUCCGUACCGGUCUUUUAGAAGGCGAUCGCUCGGCUGAAGUUGAGUUAAUUAAAGGCCAGACUUUUAAACUAUCUACUGACAAGGCAUAUAUAGAGAAAGGAAAUGCUCAAGUUAUGUACGUUGAUUACGAAAAUAUCUCAAAGAUAUUAAAGACGGGCAAUCGCAUAUUCGUGGACGAUGGUUUGAUUUCUCUCAUUGUUUCCGCUAUCAGUUCUAAUUUAAUCUCUACGACUGUUGAAAAUGGUGGUAUGUUGGGUUCGUGCAAAGGUGUGAAUUUACCAGGAGUACUAGUGGAUCUUCCAGCAGUGUCGGAAAAAGAUAAAUGUGAUCUUCAGUUUGGUGUUGAACACGAAGUCGAUAUGAUAUUCGCUUCCUUUAUUAGAAACGCUGCUGCAUUAACUGAGAUUCGUGAUAUUCUCGGUGAAAAGGGUAAAAACAUCAAAAUUAUAUCGAAGAUCGAAAAUCAACAGGGUAUAACGAAUCUUGAUGAGAUUAUCGAUGCAUCCGAUGGUAUCAUGGUAGCACGUGGUGACUUGGGAAUAGAAAUACCACCGCAGAAGGUAUUCCUGGCACAGAAGCGUAUGAUUAGCAGAUGUAACAAAGUUGGCAAACCAGUAAUUUGUGCUACGCAAAUGUUGGAGUCUAUGAUAAAAAAACCACGUGCUACGAGAGCCGAAACUUCAGAUGUUGCUAAUGCCAUUCUCGAUGGUGCUGAUUGUGUUAUGUUGUCAGGUAAUUUAUUUUGA